AUGGCGGGUUUGAUGAACGACUGGAGGGUCUCGAAUGAGCCCUCUGGCUCUGAUUACAGACAAAUACGCCUAACUUUUCAGCAACUACCGCAAAUCAGCUGGGUUCGUAACCCACAAAAAACCAACUGGGAGGGCUUUAGGGCUGAUCUUCAGGCGCAGCUUGUUGAGCCCCCAACCAGUUUCAGGACCAAAAAUAAUUUGGAAAAUGCGGCGGACUUCUUAAAGAACGCCAUUGCAAAUGCCUACAAGUUAAACUGCCCACCAAAACCAAGGAGCCCGGUGACUAAGAUCCACUGGUGGAACAAAGAGCUUGAAAAGCUCAGAUUGGAAACGAGGAGGAAAUUCAGUAAGGCAAAAAGAACUAGACUUGCAGCACACUGGGAGGCUUUCAGAAGCUCUCAACGAGAGUACAGCAAGGAAAUCAAGAAAGCAAAGCACAAAAGCUGGAAACACUUCUGUGAAUGCAUUGAGAGUACCCCAGAGGCAUCCAGGCUUCACAGAAUUCUCAGCUUAGAUCACCGUCUCCACCUGGGCUGUCUUAAGCUUCCAACGAGGAAUGUUACUGAGGAGGCGUCGGACACAUUAAAACAUUUAAUGGAAGUCCAUUUCUCAGAUUUUGACAAUAACAUACAACCUCGCCGGCCGAAGCCUAGGGCCUGGAGUGGUACAAGAGUGAUCUUUAUCCCCAAGCCUGGCAGAAAUGGAUAUAUUUCAACCAAGGAUUUCAGACCGAUCAGCCUUACCUCCUUCGUACUUAAGACGUUGGAGAGGCUAAUCGACGGAUUUUUUAAGAACGGACCUUUGCUUACACAUCCACUGGCCUCUUCCCAAUAUGCUUACAGGGAGGGCAGAUCCACGGAUACUGCCUUGCACCACCUUGUGAGCGGGGUCGAGAAGCAAUUGGAGGCAAAAGAAUAUGCCCUGGGCGUCUUCCUGGACAUUGAAGGAGCUUUUGAUAGCACCUCAUAUGAUGUAAUCGGGGAUUCAAUGACCAGACACGACAUUCCAGCCGCACUAGCAGACUGGAUACAAAGCAUGUGUAGGAUCUGA